UGAAACUUUGAAACGACAACGACAGAAUGACAGAAACAUAACAUAACCUCGAAAUGUCAAUGUUUUGUUCCGUAAAAUCACGAAAAUCACAAUGUCAACAGCAAAAAUCAAUCAAAAAGAAUAUCUGAAGAGAUAUCUCUCCGGCGAUGACAAAAAGAAGAAGAAGAAAAAGAAGAAAAUAGGUGUACAAACAGUGAAAAUCAUUGAUGACGACAUAGACCUGCAGAAACUCAGACCCCUAGACGACGCUGAAUUUGAAAUUCUAAACAACACAGAGGAUGCUCCGCAAAUUGUCGGCAUUGUCGAUGAUCGAGGACCAACGGAUUUUUCCGACAAGAGUAAAUGGAGAAUUAUCGCUGACGAUGGAAUGGGUGAUAUUAGCAUUAAGGAGCAGAGGACCAGUAGAAGAGACGAAGAUAAUGAUUUCGAUGAAAAUUCGCGGGAGGAGCAACAAGAAGAGACGGGGAAAAAUAAUUCUGAUUCUGCCGACGAUUUUAGUCCACCGAGACAGAAAAAGCAAAAAUCGAGUAAACGAAGAGAUUCUUCCGAAUCGAGUCCAGAAAGAAGUGGAAAUAUUUCCAGUCCACCUAGAAAAUCGAAAAAGAAGUCAAACGAUUCCGAUUUGAGUCCGCCUAGAAAAUCGGGGAAAGCAAAAUGUGAUUCUGACUCGAGUCCACCGAGGAAGGCGAAAAAGAAAAAUUACGAUUCAGAUUCGAGUCCACCGAGGAAGUCGAGGAAGGAGAAAUACGAUUCAGAUCCAAGUCCUCCGAGAAAGACGAAAAAGAAAAAUUACGAUUCUGAUUUAAGUCCACCACGAAGAAAAUCUAAAGAAGGAAAAUCAAAGAGUAGAAAUUCCGAUUCCGAUCAAAGUCCACCGAGAAGAUCCAAAAAGAAAAAUUACGAUUCCGACUUGAGUCCACCGAGGAAGUCGAGAAAGGAAAAAUACGAUUCAGAUCCAAGUCCUCCGAGGAAGACGAAAAAGAAAAAUUACGAUUCAGAUCUCAGUCCGCCAAGAAGGGACAAAAAGAAAACCUACGAUUCAGAUCUAAGUCCCCCAAGAAAGGAGAAAUCAAGAAAGAAGGCGAACAAUUCCGAUUCCGAUCUAAGUCCACCAAGAAGGGACAAAAACAAAAAUUACGAUUCCGAUCAAAGUCCCCCAAGAAAAUCGAGACAGAACGACAACAAUUCAGAUCUGAGUCCACCUCGAAGGGGAAUGAAUAAAAAAUACGAAUCGAGUCCGCCACGGAGGGACAAUAGAAAUAAACACGAGAAAUUUGAUUCGAAUCGAAGAAAAUAUGAUUCACAUUCGAAAUAUCAUGAGGUGGAAAGUUCCAGGAACAGGGAGAGAAGGCAGGAUAAAAAUGAGAGAUUCGACAGGCAGCGAGGCGACAAUAGACGUAAUUUCGAGAGGAAUUCACCGGAAAGGAGAAAUAGAAGGAGAUCAGAGUCACCAGCAGCAGCAGCAGCAGCAUCAUCGUCAAGACAGCCGAGAAAAUCGAGAUGGAAUCGUGAGAGUAGAUCAAAAAGUCCGGAAGUCGACAGGGAUAAGCGAAUGAAGAAGACUUUAGACGGUAAACAAGCGGGAUUACAGGACGCAAAAGCUUUACGAGAGGAAACGGCUGCUCACAGGAAAAGGGAAGCUGACAUGUUCAAUAAGUUAAGUGCAGAAGUAAGUGGACAGGGUCAAUCGAUUGUUAUUCGAGACAGAAAAACUGGAAGAAGACGAGAUUUGCAAGCGGAAGCUGCUGUGGAACGUGAAAAACAGGAAAAACAGCGAGAAGUGAAUGAACAAUAUGCAAAAUGGGGACGAGGACUGAAGCAAGAUGAAGAUCGUGAGGAGAAAUUGAGGGACGACCUCCACGAAAUGAAGAAGCCUUUAGCUAGAUACGAAGAUGAUGAGGAUCUUGUGAGAUUGCAGAAAAAUACAAUUCGCGAUGAUGAUCCUAUGUUGCAAUUCGGCAGAGAUAAAUUGGAAGAGCAAGGCCUAAUUAAAACAGCUACCAAGCAGCAACUAUCAGCACCUCCUAAUCGCUUCGGUAUUUUGCCAGAUGAAAAAUGGGAUGGUGUCGAUCGUAGCAAUGGCUAUGAGAAAAAAUGGUUCGAGGCACAAAACGCGAAGAAAGCCCGGAGGGAGGAAGCUUAUAAAUACAGUACUUCUGAUAUGUGAAACAUUUUCCAUCUAUUUUUCACGAAAUUUGUAAAAAAAAUCUGUCAAUAAGUUAAUUAUUGCAAGGAAUUAUUAUAAUAAAGCAGUUAUUGAUUCCGUAAAA